AUGGCUCGAAGGACGCAAAGGACCAACCCACCUGAGGAUGUGACUGACCAUCGCUUUUUACAAUUUCCGCAAACGUUGAACGAUGCUACCCGGCCGCGUUAUGUCACCAACUUGAGCUUGAUUCUCACCAAGGAAAUCGAUAUAGCACCAUCAUUCGAUUGGGAAUUGGCUACUCGGACUGGACUAGCUGCAUUGAUCCAUGGAUUUUUGCAAUACACGCACUCGGACGCGAGUGGUGUGGACUUGUUUGUGUGUCACGGAUGGGCACGUUUGUUCCGGAUCCAGGAGCCUGUUUAUCGGGAGUUUUUGCUGGAGUUCUACGCUACAGUUUCCUAUGAUCCUAGGAAGGCACCCGAUGACAGGACAGCUUUUGCCUUCAGACUAGGGGGAGUGAGUCGGGAAUGCAGCAUGAUAGAGCUUGCGACUCGAGUGGGUAUUUACACAGCCGAUGAGACGAGGAGUGUCCACUUCCCGGCAUUCCUUGCUGAUUGUCUUACGGAGCGGCUAGAUGACUAUAACGAGAACACUUUUUAG